GAGCAGCUCGGUAUGCAAAUGAGACGCAAAGCAGCAUGCAGAUGAGUGCAGUGUUUUUUGGCACUCCGCUCGGGUCCUGAGCCCGGCGGAGCUACGUUCCUGGUCGCCUGGAACCGCUCCGUGACCGUGCCUGGGAGCUGCGUCCUGAGGGGUGGGUCUGGGCCGUGGGAGCUGUAGUUAUACCGGGCAGUUCGCCAGCUGGGUCUGGCGCUGGGGAGGCCGAAGAUUGCUGGGAAAGAAGGGGCAGUGCAGGGAGGCCAGGGUGGGGGCUAGCCCGGGGCGUCCUCCCCGCCGCUCCACCUCCGCAUGAUACAAAAGGUCCUCUGUCCUCGCUACAGGCAGCAGGGAAAGGAUCGGGGCGGUGGCUCCUCUACGCUCCCUGGUUUUGUCUGCAAAGGAAACAGACUGUGGCUCGGUGGCUAUCCUCUUAUCUCCCAGUCUCUACAAAGCCCAAGAAUACAGCCAGAGGAACCCUGAAAAUCUGCCCCUAGUCCGCAGGCACAGCUGCAGCGCCCACCAGCGGUGCAGCCAGCGGGGAUAGGACUCCAGCACUCGGAGGGCGGCAGCAGAGAGCCCUUUAAGGGGAGGGGCCAGUGUUCCCUAGGACCGCCUCCUCCGAUUUGACUCAGAGCUUGCUGGACUGGCUCGCGCCUCCGCCAACCGCCUUUUCGUUUCCUUCCCGUCUCUUCCCUGGUGACCCCGGAAGUGGAAGUAACCGUAGGUCGGUGGCCACGGCGGGGACGGAAGGCGGAAGCAGAGCGUGAGCGGGAGGCGGAGCCGGGGGAGCUGCUCUCGUAGCUCCCCCUGGCCCUAGGCCCAGCUGCUGGAGGGGGAGGAGUUACCGCCGCUCUUCCGGUACGUUACCUUUACCCCCUCUACCCAGCCCAAGGGUUUCCUGGAUGUCUUUCUCAGCUGCAACCCUAAGCUCGGUCCCCCAGGUUUUUCUUAAGAGCCGCGCGGUCCCCACCCUUUCGGGCAGCCUGCGGCACCCCUUUCCGGUCGUCUUUCCCUUUUUCCCCCACGAGUGACCCUAGGACCACACCCUUUACGGUUCCUCCCUCUUUCCCAGAUUUUGGUUUGUAGCUUUCUGGGGGAAGAAGAAAAACUAAGGGGAUUUGGAGGAGGGGAGGGAGCAUGGUUGUGGUUAAUGGAGUAUUUGCUUAAUCCUGGGGACAACGAACGCUCCAGAAGAAUCUGAGAAAACAAGGGAGGCCUCAGAACUUAUCAUGAUGGCUGUGACCUAAAAUCCUCAGGAAGCCCCGGGGUCAUGGCCCAGAAGCACCCCGGAGAAAGAGGGUUGUGUGGAGCCCACCACAGUGGUGGCGCCUCCCUCAGGACUUUAGGAUCCUCUGUGGACCCUGAAAUACUUUCAUUCUCAGGACUCAGGGACUCAGCGAGGCCUGCUUCUAAUGGUACCCGCUGCCUCACAGAGCACUCUAGUCCUAAGUACACACAGCCCCCAAACCCAGCCCACUGGUCGGAUCCAAGCCAUGGCCCCCCAAGGGGUCCAGGACCCCCUAGGGAUGGAGAGGACCCUGAUCAGAGUGAGGCAUCUUCAGAGGAAGAGUCAGGAGUGGACCAGGAACUCUCAAGAGAGAAUGAGGCUGGGUACCAGGAGGAUGGGAACCCUUCUUUUCUUUCCAUUCCAUCUGCUUGCAACUGCCAGGGAACCCCUGGAAUCCCUGAAGGGCCUUACUCUGAGGGAGGAGAUCGCUCUUCUAGCAACUUUUGCCACCAUUGUACCUCUCCAGUUUUGGGGGAAGAUGAAGAGUUGGAAGAGGAAUAUGAUGAUGAGGAACCUCUUAAGUUCCCCAGUGAUUUUUCACGUGUGCCCAGUGGAAAGAAACCACCUCGGAGACAGCGGCACCGCAUUCCAGCCAAGGAGGAUACUCGGGAAGGUGGACGCAGAGAUCCCAGGUCCCCUGGCCGACAUAGGCUGGGCCGGAAACGAAGUCAAGCAGAUAAGCGCAGAGGCCUGGGAUUAUGGGGAGCAGAGGAACUGUGUCAGCUUGGACAGGCAGGCUUCUGGUGGCUGAUUGAACUGCUGGUAUUGGUGGGAGAGUAUGUGGAAACUUGUGGCCAUCUCAUCUAUGCAUGCAGGCAGCUGAAAGGCAGUGAUCUGGACCUUUUUCGAGUCUGGGUGGGAGUCUGGGCAGGGCGGCUGGGGGGCUGGGCCCAGGUGAUGUUCCAAUUUAUGAACCAAGGAUGUUGCUAUGGGGCAGGGCUAUUAACCCGUUUUCUUAGGCUACUGGGUGCUUUGCUCCUCUUGGCUCUGGCCCUCUUGUUGGGCUGUCUACAGUUGGGCUGGCGGUUUCUGGUGGGACUGGGUGACAGGUUAGGCUGGAGGGGUAAAGCCACUUGGCUCUUUUCUUGGCUGGAUUUUCCCACCCUGCAGCGUUGCCUGAUUCUGCUGAGAGAUAGCAGGCCAUGGCAACAGUUGGUAAAAAUGUUUCAGUGGGGUUGGCUGGAGUUGCCUUGGGUCAAGCCAAGGACUGACAGGCAGGGGAAUGCACCUAUAGCUGGUGGUCGCUACUGCCAGCCUGAAGAAGAAGUGGCUCGACUCUUGACCAUGGCUGGGGUUCCUGAGGAUGAGUUAAACCCUUUCCAUGUGUUGGGGGUUGAAGCCACAGCAUCAGAUACUGAACUGAAGAAGGCCUAUAGGCAGCUGGCAGUGAUGGUUCAUCCUGACAAAAAUCAUCAUCCCCGGGCCGAGGAGGCCUUCAAGGUUUUGCGGGCAGCUUGGGACAUUGUCAGCAAUCCUGAAAGGCGGAAGGAAUAUGAGAUGAAACGAAUGGCAGAGAAUGAGCUGAGCCGGUCGGUGAAUGAGUUUCUGUCCAAGCUGCAGGAUGACCUCAAAGAGGCAAUGAACACUAUGAUGUGCAGCCGAUGCCAGGGAAAGCAUAGGAGGUUUGAAAUGGACCGGGAACCUAAAAGUGCCAGAUACUGUGCUGAGUGUAAUAGACUGCAUCCUGCUGAGGAAGGAGACUUUUGGGCAGAGUCAAGCAUGUUGGGCCUCAAGAUCACCUAUUUUGCGCUAAUGGAUGGAAAGGUGUAUGACAUCACAGAGUGGGCUGGAUGCCAGCGUGUGGGAAUCUCCCCAGAUACUCAUAGAGUCCCCUAUCACAUCUCAUUUGGUUCUCGGAUUCCAGGCACCAGUGGGCGGCAGAGAGCAGCCCCAGAAGCCCCUCCUGCAGACCUUCAGGAUUUCUUGAGCCGGAUCUUUCAAGUACCCCCAGGCCAGAUGUCCAAUGGGAACUUCUUUGCAGCUCCUCAGCCUGGCUCUGGGGCCACUGCAGCCUCUAAGCCCAACAGCACAGUACCCAAGGGAGAAGCCAAACCGAAGCGGCGGAAGAAAGUGAGGAGGCCCUUCCAACGAUGACACCCCUUCUCUUCUUUCCUCAGAUCAAUGUCAGGGAGUCAAAAGGGCUGUGUAUAGCACAGGAUGGAGUUUUGAUUUGUUUAUUUUUAAAUAUUGAAAAAAGGGAAAAUUUUAAGUUCAAAUUGUUCACUCAGUACCUGUAGGAAGCCCCAGAACCACUCUCCCUCCUCCACCAGCACCUAGGAACUGAAACUUGUCUUUAGACAAUACCAAAGAAAUAGGGGGUGGCUAGAGCAAAGAACCUAGAGCCUGGAUCUGGGCUGGACAGUAUCUCCCAUGGUAGCAUGGGAACUGGGUAUUUCCCUGGGGUCUGUAUGCCUUUGUCUUUUGCUUCUAGAACAGAUGACACUUCCCCCCCUCUUUUAAAACUGUAAGUCUAUCUGAUUUCUUGACCCAUUUCAGGAGGGAGCCCCUCCUUUACCCCAACAUACUAGUUAAAAGACAGAACAAGAAAGCAUGUAGCCCUAAUUAUAGGAGAUUAUACAUAGAAUUCAAAGAGUGGGAACUCUACAUUUUUCCUGACAUUCACCUUGUGGGUAAUCACCCAACUUCAUGCUUGUUGCUGCAGGGAUGGCCAAAACUGAUAAUUUUUAAAAAGCAGACACAUGCCCUCUGCCCUUGGGUGAGAGGGAAGGAAAAAGGGGCUCCCAGCAGCCCCUUUAUGAUCCAAGGGUUUGUAUUUUUUUAAGUUUGUUCAUAUUUGUAUGUACAUAUCUAUUUAAAGCCAGGGGAUUAUCUUUCUAUAAAUACAUAACUGGCAACCUGUA